AUGGUGUUCUUCCUCGUAGUCACCCUCGGCCUCGAGGCCUCCCUCCACCACAUCAGGGCGUUCCUGCGGCGCCGCCGCAAGGCCGGGCUGCUGGCCGCGGUCAACCACUUGUCUUCAGAGCUGAUGCUUCUGGGCGUGGCCUCCCUUAUCCUCACGGCGCUCGAGCCCAGCCUGGAGACGAGCCGGCAGUGCCCCGUCGACUUUAAGCAGCAGUGCGACGAGGCGCAGGCCAACGGCGCGAAGAGCGCGGUGGUGGGCGGGGCCGGGUCGGAGGUCUUCGGGCCCAAGCACAGGGCGCUGCUGGCCGCCGGCGGCGAGCCGGGCGCCGCGGCGAGCAACUUGACGUUCAUGGCCGACGGCGGCGCGGCGGUGGACGACGGCGCGGCCGACGCGGGCGAUGACCUCGUAUGCGACGGGCCGGCGCAGGCGGUGUGGCCAGAGUGCCAGAACAGGCCUGGUUAUGCCCCUGUGGUGACGAGCGACACCGUGGAGGAGAUCCACAUGUUCCUGUUUUUCAUCGCGGUCGUGCACAUUGCUGUGGGCAUCACAGCAAUGGUGCUGUCAACCCUCAAGCUCAAACUCUGGCGGUAUCUAUCUGGCCCAGAGGCGGACGACCCAUGCAUGCAGCGCGCCCUGAGCGUGCGGCGCCUGCUCGCCAGCGGCGCCAUGCCCGCGCCGCCGAGCCCGCCGGCGCCCGGCAAAGGCGGGGCGCUGGAGCUGCAGGGCCUGAGCAGGGACUCGGCUGCGGGGGCGGCCGACGGCGGGGCGGCCGGCGGGGCGCAGGGGCCGCAUGCGGAUGUGGAGGCUGGCGUGGACACAGCUGGCAGGCCCCAGGCGCCAGGUGGCGGCGCUGCUGGGGACGGCAAGGCACCGCCGCCGCGCGGCGGCGCGGGCCGGCAUCAUGCUUCAGCAUCAGAAAGCGGGGACGAGCUAGAGGAUGAGGAGGAGGACAGCGAGGAGGAGGCGCGCGAGGCGGCCCUGGUGCAGCUGAGGGUGGAGGGGUUCGGCGCGGCGGCGUGGAGGGGGCGCCCCAAGGAGCUGCAGGGCGUGCUGGCCCACUUGGAGGAGGCGUGCGCCGUGAUCUGGUCCCAGGUGUCACCCUGGACCGUCACCAGCCAGGAGUUCGCCGUCAUGAGGGCGUCUUUCUUCCUGAGCCACGACCUCGGGCCGUCGCCGCCGGCCACGGCCUUCCAGCCUUAUCUGCUGGAGUGUGCAGAGCGCGAUGGCGCCCAGGUCGUCGGGCUGGGCCUGGUGACGUGGCUGUUCAUCAUCUGCUUUGUGCUGCUGUCGAGCGCCGUCGGGUGGUGCGCCUGGAUCUUCUCCAUCGCGGCCGGCGUCAUCCUGUUGUUAGUCAACACGUACCUCGUCAUCACCGUCCGCAAGAUGACGCGCGGCGGCGCGGUGCGCGUGCUGCAGGCCACGCCGCUGUGGCGGCGCCACCGGUGGCUGCUGCUGCUGAUCAAGCUGCUGCUCUUCCUCCUGUCCUUCGUCGUCUCAAACUCGGUGUUUUUCGGGGUCUUCUUUGGCCCAGAGAGCUGCUUCUUCUCGCGCACUGGUUUCCAGAAAAACCCUGUCAGCUGGUGGGUCAUCCUCCUGUGCGACGUGGUGAUGAUCCUCAGCGUGUCACUAGUGACGCUGCCGCUGUACGCGCUCGUCGCGCACACCAGAGCCGUGUCGCCCGUGUGGCGUGCGCCCGGUGACGGGUGA